AUGGGUGACGCCGAUAAGGCGCAGCACCUCGGAAUGACGACAGCCGUGGACCAGCAGCUGUCAGAGAUAGAAUAUCUCAUGUGCUUUUACCGCGUCAUCAAAAAGUGCUAUGAAAAGGAUGCUGACUGUGAGUUGACGAACGAAGAAUGGCGAGAUGUCUCAUUCUACAUCUAUUUGCUGCAUAUGUCGGCAAGUCAUGUGGACAUGGGCGACUUAAUGGAGGCAUUGAAAUAUCGUACCGACUUGAAACGACUGCAGGCCACCAUUACCUACGCGGGGCUUGUCAUCAACUUUUUCCACGCCGAAUACGAAAGCGUGAUGGACUUCUUGAUCUUCUUGGAACCCACAGCCCUCACGUGCUGGAAGCUGCUGCACACCCCUGAAAUUCAACAAGCGAUUGUGGCAGAAAGGCAAGCGCGUCUUGGCUUUGAAGAAGAAAGUCAAACUGCGAGCCACUAA